CAUUUUGAUUUAAACAGCGAAUAACAAUUUAUUUACUAUGAUAUACUUUAAUCUGCUCUUAAUUGAUUUCAAUGAAAACACAAAAGGCUUUAACAUACUUUAAAAUGUCAGUCUGCACCUCUGUAGUUUCAUAUAUUAUAUUCAUUCAUUUUGAUGUACUAUACUAUUAUCGACUAUAAUCAGUAAAACUAAUAUUAAUUUAAUUUAAUAAUUGUAAUAAUAAUUUUUUAGGUGUAAUGGAUCCGUUUAGAAGAUCAAGUGUUAUUCCAAAUAAAGAUGAUUAUUUGGAUAAUGCUCAGACAUUUAACCGAACUUCAAAAAUGUUUGAAGAAUUUCUACAUAGUUUUGAACAGUACGAUAAGGAAGAACAGCACAAGAGACGUGAUUCAUCUUCUUUAAGUGACUGUGUUAAGGUGCCUAGGAGAAGAGUAUAUGUCAAACAAAGUUAUUUUCCUGUUGAUGCAUCAUUUGUAAAGGCUAAUCCAAACCAUAUUUACAUAACUGAUGUAAAUGGACAUUUGUACAUUGUAAAGUAUAAAGCAGUUAGAUGGUGAAAUAAUUCCACAUAUUGUUUAUUAACUGUUAGUUGUAAUAAAGAAUAUUCAUACUUUUAAAAUAUAUUUAAAAAACUAUAAAGCAUUGAUUUAAAUUUAAACUUACCAAAUUCAAUUAAAUGUAGACCUAUAAAAAUAUCUCUGUUUUCAUUAAACCACUGUGGACUUUCUAUCAA